AUGCAAACUCGUGAGGGCAUUGAAGCAAAAGGUGCUGAACUGCGGCAGAGCUGCGCCGAAGCAGAACGUGAAGGAAGGGAAGACUUCGAGAUGCUUCGUGGCCACUUGAACUCGGUGGAAAGCUUGAAACAGGCAGUGCUCAACCGGGAAAAAGAUGUGCGCGUUCGCCUCAUCAAGAGUAUUGAUGAGUUUUGCCAGCGAGUGCAGCAGGCAGAUGCGAAUGGCAUGCACUCAGAGGGAGCAGCAGCUUUUCGUGCGGAAUAUCCGGAUCUUGUUGCAUCAGCUGAUGCUCUAUGUUCAAGAUCCUUUUCUUUGCCUCAGGUGCCGCAAAUGGUUGCCACCAUAUUAAAUUGCCUUCGGCAAGCCCGCCGGCGAUAA